UUACAUUCACGUGACACCCCCUCGCAUAUCCGCGUUGCUUGUUCCGUGCUCCCGCAGGCUAUAGAAAGUACUGAACGCCGUCUGCGUGACACGCGGUGCUGUCCUGCUGAAGAAACGACCACGAUCCAUUAUGAAUUUCUUCUUGGAAACAAUCAAAGUACUCCUGUUGUCCAUCUGGUACAAUGUGGAAUCUUUCAUCUAUCUCUUGGUGCCAAUGAAGAAGAAGAACAUAGCUGGUGAGGUGGUGCUCAUCACAGGAGCAGGUAGUGGAAUCGGACGCCUCAUGGCUCAGGAAUUUGCAGCUCAUAGCCCUGUACUGGUACUGUGGGACAUAAACCUGGAAGGGAUGAAGGAAACUGCUAGACUGGCCAAAUGUAAUGGAGCCAGUCGAGUCCAUUACUAUAUUUGUGACUGCAGUGACAAGAAUGAAGUUUACAGAGUGGCUGACCAGGUGAAGCGAGAAGUGGGUGAUGUCAGUAUUUUAGUGAACAACGCUGGGAUUGUGACAGGAAAGAAGUUCAUGGAUGCUCCUGAUUCCCUGAUUGAGAAGACCAUGGAGGUCAACAUUAUGGCUCACUUUUGGACCUACAAGGCCUUUCUUCCUGCCAUGAUUGCAAACAAUCAUGGACAUCUUGUCAGCAUUGCCAGCUCUGCUGGACUCAUAGGAGUCAAUGGAUUGGCAGAUUACUGUGCCAGUAAAUUUGCUGCAGUAGGUUUUGCAGAGUCAGUGGGUCUCGAGCUGCUGGCCUCUGGGAAAGAUGGAGUCAAGACCACGAUUGUAUGCCCCUACUUUAUCAACACUGGAAUGUUCGAUGGAUGUCAAACCAAGUGGCCAAGACUGCUGCCAAUCCUGAGUCCAGAGUAUGUGGCCAAGAAGAUCAUCCAUGCUGUACUCACAGACCAGAUCUACCUGCUAUUGCCUAAGAGCAUGUACCUCAUAGCUGCUCUAAAGAAUAUUCUACAGUGGAAACUGGGCUACGUCCUUGGCUGUUACAUGGGAUUGGCAUUUGAAGUAGACUGUUACUCAAACAUCAGUCAGCACUGAAAUUUACAUUAAGACAUUGUGUUACAUUUGUCUGUGUGGUUCUUUUACAUUACAUCCAGAGCCCAUUAUCUAUUCUGAACAUUGUAGCUAGGACUGUUUAAAUGUGUAACAAAACAUUGUGUAACUUCAAGUCUUUGUUUAAAAUUGUCCAUGCCAGAUGUUGAAGCUUAAUGUUGAAAUUUACAAAAUAGAGCAUAUAGUAGUAGGGAUUAAAUAAUUUAUCGAUCAUGUAACCAAGCACAUUACAUUUUUACAGGUGAUAGUGUAUCUGCAUUUAGUCAAUGAGUUAUCAAAAUGAAUGCUAUAUUAUAUCUAAAUGUGUCACUUAUUAAAGAUCUCUUUACCCUUGAGAAAAUUUAAACCCUUUUUUGUUUUGGAGAUGCUGUAUUGAUGAGGGUGAAGGCUGCUCUCUUACCACUUUAGUUUCAUUUUGUGAGUUUCUAUAAAAUUGUACACACGAUUGUGAUUAUAGCAUAACAAGAAGUGGGGUCAGAUUCCCACCAUGAAUUCUAAUAGAUGAAGGGCAAUAAAGUAAUUCAGUUGCUCAGAAUAGCUUUGAUUACGCUUUGAUUAAUGAUUAAGUGCACCAGAGAUGUUGCUAACAAUCCCUAAUUACACAGGUGGACUAUUAAAUUUUAAUAAGAUGUAAGGGCAAGGAGUCCAGUGUUCCAAACUGAACUACAUUCAGAGACUUGUAUUACAAAGUUGGAUUGUGUCUUAUGGUAAAUUCAGGGUUUUUUCUCUGGAGCUUGAAAAAGGCGACUGGACUUAUGAAUAUGUUUUAACUUAGUGAGAUGGCAUUUUACCCAGCUUUCUUUUUAAUUUUUUAUUAAUAUUGUGGCUCUAACCCUAACUUCAUGCAACCCCUUACCUUGGCUGCCAAUGUUAUGGUAGGUUUUGAACUAACUUCGUGGUACAGCCCUUAUGACAGUAAAGUCUAGAGCCCGCAUGCAACUGUAUGCAAACUGGAUAUGAAGUAUGGAGCACACAGCUAUUACUGUGCUUGUGUCUGUAGCUUGCAUCACUUUGUUUUCUAAAGGUGUCUUGUGACCAAGAUAAUUGUUAUCAGUUCAGUUUUUGGGAUGGGGCACUGGUAAAUCCUGAGUAUUUAACUGACAUUGUUGUGGUGAUUUGAGCAAACCUACAUACCCACACUUCAGAAAUGGUGCAGGCACUUUUUGGAAAUUGGCCUCUUAUAAAAAGCAGUGUUUUUGUUAACAAUGAUGAAAUUACUUUGUUUACUACCCUUUAUUUCAUCAUUAUAACGAGACAAUGAUGAGAUAAAUUUGGAAUUUGGUGACCAAAACAUGACGAGAGGUCUGUGAGUUUUCGUUGAGAUGAAACUAGACAAGAAGGUUAAUGGAUUUUCCGUCAGUCAUCCAAAAAGUAUCGCAUCUGUCUAUUGUGCUUGUAAUCUGUCAGUCAAAAGCUAAAACCUAUCAGUAACGCUACUGCAUCCCAUCUAGUUUUGACCACGCCCACCACCUCCAUUACUUUAAUCCAGGGCUGUUAAACUCAGUCACAGGAUGGGCCAAAAUUGAAGACACAGUCUGAGUUGUGGGCCGAAUAAUAAUCUUAAUUAGCAAUAUGAAUUUGAACGGCCAGAAUAUAGCAACAUUUUCCUCAACAAACUAAAUAAAAUAUAAAAUUAUAUUUUUCUUCAAAAAUAAUGAGGAAAAAUUUAUGUAUUUCAAGUUGAUGAAAAUGUGCAUAAUUUUCAGGUUAAAAACUGAAUUUCUGCGCUUCAGUCAGAAAAACUCUGCGUAAACUAUGCAGUGUGUUAGUUUUUCAACAAAAAGCACAGUUGCAAACACAGCAGUGGAGACCUGCUCUGAUUUUUAUUUAUUUAUUUAUUUAUUUUUUGGAAAUCACACACAUAGUCAUGCGGAUGUUUCUCACACAGCCACCUUUCAUCCCGGAGCCCUGCUGAGACUUUUCCUUUACUUUUCAUGAAGUUGACAGAUUUCCACAGGUAGCUCAUCACACCUGUGUAUAAGGCACGUCACCAAACUGAGAAGCUAUUUCCUUCGAAACUGCCGGUGACUUAAAGCUUUGCCUCUUGUAAAGUUCACUGUCUGUCUUACGGUGCUUAUGACUCGUUCUGUCUUCGUGACUUUGCUGCAGCGUUUCCUGCUGUGUGACGCAGUGAUGCACUGUCAGCUCACCUGCGCAGGUCUCCCUCUGUAUAUUCUCCCGCAUCCAUCCCACCAAUCAGUUUUUCCCCGCACAUCACAAGCUGAGAAAAGAGACAGAUGGUUUACCUCCGAUGUCAGCGAUCAGGUCCUCUGCCUCUGCCUGUUUGGAAAAUCCCUGUUUUCCACUUUUCAUUUCGCCAUUUUUGGGGGUCAUACUAC